AGCGUUUUGACCCUAAGGCCACUACUGGAUUGCUCGACGAAUCAUAACCUUUCAAACCUAGACWCCAUUGUUUAUUCUGUAUCUCGUAGGAAACCAUUAUUUGAGUCAAGUAAAUAUGUAACUUCAUGAAUUCCUACACACACGACGUACGGUUUCUCAAAGUAAAACUUGUGCCAGUCCUAAAACAAGUUAACUAACUGCAACGAAAAAAUUCGAAGCAUGAAUUUAGAUACGGUUUUAAGUAAAAGGCCAUUCGAUCAAACGACUCAUGUACAACAAGCACUUAGACGACUCAAAUACCUCCACACGUCGCUUGCAAAUCCAAAAGCAUCAAGUUUGAAGCCACUGCAAACGACCAGCACUCCACCACCAAUUAACAGAUUAGACUUGCCUGGAGACGAGGAAAAAGAUAAUUUUGAGGAUCAAAAUGCUGUAGAUAAACGGUGCUUUCUGGCUUUAACGCCAAAAGAGUUCAAAGAAGAAGACUUGAGAAGAAACAACCUGAUAUCAAGACAAAGAUGCGGCUGGCGACCAGUCAGGAAAGGUCGUGCACCGCUAACAAGUCCGACUGCGUAUUUUAACCCAACUUUUCAUCCUCUUUCAACGCGAACAGAAAGUCCAUGGGACCGAAAAACACGACGAGAAACAAGUCAGAGAAAAAYUUCACCGAAUAGUAAAGAUAGAAAAGCAAAAUCUGCUCCUGCUUCGGGAGGUCUUCCUUCAUUAAAUCCGGAGCAAUUCGAUUGUGUUCAGUGCUUCGCGAACGAGAUGGAACGUCUACAACAAACUGAAGGCCCUGAAUUUAACACCAACUUCAAAAUUAAUAGAAUGACUUUCUCUGCGCGACCAAAACCGAAAGAGAGCCAAAAUAAAUACUCACCAGUGUCAAACAAGUUUAUAAGUGAAAAGACUUUUAACAUACCACAGAGUACGUACGGAGGAUGGGGUGUGCGGAGCAGGCGAAGGAACACUGACGCCACACACAAAAAUUCUCGGGACAAGCGAGGCUCAGAGUUGGACGUUACGUCGGAGUUUCAGACGCUCAGAAUUGAACCGCAGGGUACUUCUGAAGGGUGGGGGACGGCACGGGUCGCAYAAGAGACGCUCUCUCCUCCACCACCCGCCCCUCCGACACCUAUACAGCAGAUAGACAUCAAAAUGCCGGAGGGGUAUUUAGUAAAGUACAGAUUACAGCCAGUUGCGUGAAAUUGUAUCUUWGGCGAAUUGCAGGUUGCAAAAAAUUCCAGUCUUCUGUUCAUAUCAGGAGCUUCGCAUUGCUAGUAAAUGAGUCGUCGCUAUUGUAGUUGAUUACCAUAUAUGCGGUAGUCGUUAAAGUGUAUAUCAAGGAAAUUUUUUUUCUUUCAAAAUCACUUAUAUGUGAAUAGUGUAGUAGUAUGGUUGCAGUAUUUUUGAAUGUAAAGUUUUCUUUUAGGAGAUAUAAACAUUAGAAAUAUCAAUAUGCAAAUGAGAUGACGUAAAUUCAAGACUAAUUUAUYAUAYAAAARUGCUGUUGUGGAAAGUACUGCUWUUUUUUUAUUUGCAAAUCAUCCUUAUAACUGAAAUAUAUGGCUUUAUACACUUUUAGGUUAUUUCACUUCAGAACACUUGUCGUAAAUUACACUGCAAAAUGUAACC